GCGACCAUGCUGGAGAGCCUGGCGAGCGAGUUCUCCUCGCGGGUGAUAGAACAACACGACACGGCCGAUGUGCCGGCGGCAAAAAAACGCGCCAAGCUAGCCGCGAGAUUAACAAAGUUGCUGGCGGACUCGAAACGUUAUUUGUGCCCCGAUAAAUUCCCGUCUGACCUCGUUUUCUCCGCGAAACAGCCUCCCGUUUGCAAUUCCCGUCUGCUGAGACGUGUCCUGCCGCUCGACUCCUACAAUCUCGUCGCCCCAUUAUUGGGCAUGAAGACCUGGUAUCCUAAAAGAGCACGAAAAGUAGACAUUGCUGCCACGGUGCAAUUCAAAACGGAAGAGGAAGAAGAAGAAGAAGAGGAAGAAGAGACGGAGGGCGAGAUUCCCUUCGAUUUGAUCGUGCAUCCCCCGACGACCAAAGACAUUUCGACGACCGGAGAUGAGCAUAAAGUAGGUCAGGCCAGAUCGAAUCCUUACGCUCUCUUUUUGAGGAAACCGCGGCGCAAGGUUGUCACUUGGCGUCCUUUAACGGCGGACGAUCUCAAAGGCUACGAUCCCGAGGCCACCCUCGAGAUGAAAGCCAAAAAUAUUAUGGACAGGAUAUGCCGUGACUUCUGCGAGUGGCUGCGCAGUUUAGGCGGCACCGACCACGUCAUCGACGAGGAGGUCCUCGGAGAUAUGUUCGAAAUUGACUUUACUGCCGAGGCCAGCAGGACGAUGGAGAUGUCGAUGAGGGAAAUGCCGAUGGUGCCGAACGAGGUGGCCGCAGCGAGACAAUGUCCUGACGCGGGUGAGCUUGCCAUGACCAGGAGGCAUCUGAUCAGGGACGCCAAAGCCGAGGGUAAGCCGGCCAAAACAAUGGCGUUUGGCACGGCGAUAUCCGGUGAGCUCCGGUUCGUGCCGCCCGGAAAUCAGGUGCGGGAGAGGUGGCUGCGAUGCGAGAACGUGAUAACGGAACUGGAGACGAUGGACGUGGUCUGGAGGAACAUAACGCAUCUGGAGAGCGUCAGGAUUUUCGCAAAGUGGCUCAGCGAACGUUCGGACGCUCCGCUGCCAGAUGCACUGGUGAUCGCAUUGACCACCGAUCCCGCGAAACUCGCCGUCGAGGACGAGGAGUAUCAGGAAAUCAAAGUCGUGCCGACUGUCACCAAGGUCCGCGACAUCCGACGUCUCGAUCCCGACCCGAUGUUGGAGGACUAA